GUGACUGGUGUUCCAUUGCCCUGGUUGCGGCUCAUGCAACAGCUGAUUUGAUGCGUUUGGGCACUAGAGAUUGCCCGCAAGGCUACUAUAGAUUGCCCGUGCAGGGGGCAUUGGUCUUUAAGGGGUUGGUGGUUGUUGGCAAGGCCGUGAAGGGCCUUGAUGUAUCCGAAUCAUUGUUCUGAUUUGUUCUGGAAAGGGCUCUGGAUCAGGUUGAGCGAGAAAGAAUGCUUUCAAAGGAUGAAUACCAUGAAGUGGCUUCUGCAGCUGGAGAGCUUUUCAUCCUGUGUGAGCGGCUGGACAUAUUCCCCGACGUUGAGAAAGAACUGUUAUCAGGCAAGACAAUUUCCGUCCGUUGCCCGUCGACUGAGCAGAGUGCCAGUGAAUGGCUGCAGAUGUUCCAGGACAUGACAAAGACCACUUUGAGUGUGUUGACAACGUCACCCGGUAGACGCGAGCAUUCAUGGGUCUUGUACAAGAAACGAUUUCAAUGCCAACACUACGCUCGGAAGAAGCCAGGGAAGGCGGGCAGGACUUCAUUGCGUGACACUGGCUGUGCGGUCAACCUGACGGUCAGGGUUCGGAAAGUGGCGUUUGCAAACAGCGCUAAGAGCAGGUCCAAGAAGCCGGACGCCGGGUACGCCCUCAAGGUGCAGUCAAACGGUGUGCAGCAUAAUCACCCCAAGGAGUCGGCAGCCGUACUCAAGUUUCGCCGUGUCGGAGAGCCGGCGAGGGCCAGGCUCAUAGCUCUGUUCGAGCAGCACCACACGCCGGCGUCAGCCCUGCACACUCUGAAGGCGGAGCUGCAGGCGGAGCACGGGGACAACUUCGCGAUCGUUUCGGCAGACCGCGCCGUACUGCCCGACAUUCAGUUCGUCUAUGAGCUGUACAGGAAAGUGUUCUACAAGAAGCAAAUUUCGCCAUCGAGCACAAACCUGGAGUUCCAGCUGGAAGACGUGGUGACCGACACUGCUCUUCAAACAACAGCUCUUGAUCGCAUGGACUGGUCGGGCGGAUGGCUGGAGCCGCUGGCUGUCGGAGCGUCUGUUGACUGUGGCCCUUCGGACGCGGGGCCGCCUACGGACGCCGUUGGACGGCCCGACGGCGCGUGGUGCCCAGAGACCGACGACUCUGCUGACCUGGACUCGUGCGACGACGCCACGGGGUGCCGGUCGUCCACGUCGUCAGAACAAGCGGAGGCAGCUGCCAGCGUGCAGCGCCAACUGGACGGCUUUACCCGGUGCUUGGUGCAGCGUGUCAGGACGGACCCUCACUGGCAUGUGUGGGCGAGUGGCGUCGAGUCGUUCUUGCGCCGCUGGAGGUCGUUGACCCCAGCUCGCCAGGUGUCGCUGCUGCGCGGCUCUGCUCGGGGCCGCGGCAGGGGCGCCGCCCGCAUCGGCAUGCAGCGCGCGGCAGCGGCUCCCAUCCGCCUGACGACUCUGCGGGACUGAGAGCGUCGGCGGCGCGCCGGCCAGGCGAGGCGGCCGGAACCGCGGAGAAGGACUGCGGUGCCGCAGACGGGUGCCGGGCGCCCGCGCCCCGCCGCCUCAGCGUGCGCCGCCUCGGGCCGGCCGCUUCGACGCUAGGUCGUGACGACGGGGACCGGCGGCGAGUGGUUGCAGAUUGUGAUACCGCGCGUCAUUGUGCCAACGAGCGCCCAAUAUUGCGGUGUCGGUACUUGUGUCGCCGUGGCCGCGGCCUGGCACCCGCACCAGCGGCAGCCAGUGACAAGUGCCGGUGAAUUUCGCGAUUGGCGCUGCGGCAGCGAACUCAAGCUAGGCUAUUCUCAGGCAGCCGACGGUGCACUUGGCAGCCGCCGACGAUAAAGACGCGGGGCAGCUGGCCUGGCGACUCGCCGUAUCUACGGGGCUGACCAGCCUCCGUUCCUUCGGUCGUACCUUGUGUGAGUGGUGCCCUAAGUGGUGCUUGUUUUCUCGUGAUGUCUUUGUCCGUGUUUCCGGAUGUCCUUGCCCACUCAUUAGCUCAGGAAGUCGACCCGCGCGGUCACUGGAGUGGCCACCGAUGUCCGGGAGUUCCCACAUGACUCGCACAGACUCUUGAAUGUCUGAGUUGUCUGCGCUACUGGUGUGUUUUGCGCAGGUGUGACGCCCUGCCGGGAUGGCGAACGAUUGCAGACACGUGCCUGCGCUGCUCCUGAUCGUUGGCCACGAUGGUGCUUCCUAUCGGGGCGUUUUUUUUUCUUGUCAGAUGGGUACUUCAAGUCAGAAUUACGUCGAAGUUUCAAAUUAGGGCAUAAUAAACCCAUGAUUAUCUUGAUCUCAAUGCUAAGCGUGAGUAAACGUUAUUUCUUAUAACUUGUUGACUGUUCAGCUCUUCGGACUGACUCCAGCUACAUGCACAGUCUAGAUGCUUAGAGCGUCGCUUGUGAACAGGGGGAACCCGAGUUGGAUACGGCAAUGGCGACAAUGCAGCCUUGUUUCGCACUUUUUAGCAUUCAGAUAACAUGACAUUUGCUCUUGGAGGUACCGCAUGGUCGCAUAUAUUAGAGUCCAAGCCCAUGUUAGGCGUGUCAUGUCAGGAUCUAGGCACUAGAUACCCGCGGCUAUCAAAGUUACGGAUCUAUCGCCGGUGCGACCCGCGUAGGGUCUGUGCAGUGGCUCACCCCGGCCGUGAUUUUGGUUGUCCAAGAGCGUUGAUUUUACUUGUCCGGUGGAGUGCCAUCGCUUUCCGGCGUCAUUUCCUCUCGCACUACGUGCGAGUGUUACGUGCUGGCGGCUUCGUGGGUAGGCGUACAGUGUGUAGUAUGAGAUCCAAGUCGCGUCAGGUGGUGGAUAUAGCAUUCCCGCCACGAUCGUAAAUUAUUGUCGGGUGAUUUGGACCAGGCCGUUGUCAUCCCAAUGCCUCAACGCGUGUUUCCAUGAUUCAGCGGAUUGACGUCAACGGGGGUACACUUUCAUCGUCUUUUGACACCCCCCUUUCUAUAAAAGUAAUUUUUUGUUUUUGUGUGCAUUUUCAUUCUACUUUCAUAAUUUUUGGUGCUUUUUAUCGUUAGUAGAUGCGUACUGCUGUAUUUGGACUUUGCAGUGAAUAAGUGAA